AUGCCGGCGCGAACGUCGCUGGACGCGCGCGCGCCGCGCGGGAUCCCGGCGAAGGCGCCGCGGGACGCGGACGCGGCGUUGCCGACGCGAAGAUGCGUCGUGGCGACGGGAAUUCCCGCGCGCGCGACGUCGGCGGUGCUCGCGAGCGCGCGGGCGGCGGCGCCGCUUCCGGCGUCGUUGGCGCACGUGAAGCGCGCGCGGGCGAGCGCGCGGACGAAGGGGACGACGGAGGUGGUGGUGAAGUUGGCGAGCGAGGGCGCGAGCGCGAGCGCGCGGGGAGACGCGGAAAGCGACGCCGCGGUGCGCGCGGACGUGCUGGAACGUCACGCGGAUGUGAUCGCGAGCGUCGUGUACGCAGACGUGCCCGCGGAAGGGCCGGAGGAUAGGGAGACGUGGGAGAAGGCGUGCGCGAUUUGGCCGGUGAGUUUGACGGCGCCGGCGGAACGCGAGACGGAGACGCCGAGCGACGAGGAGGCGGCGUAUUUUAGAAAGUGGACGAAGCAGGCGUGCGAGGGGGCGAAAAUGAGUGGAAAUUGUGCGAUUAUAGUUGAUCCAGCGCGUGAUGUUGAGAUCGCCCGGGGCGUGGAUGAGUCGGCGACGCAUCCGUUGCGACACGCCGUCAUCGCCGCGGUCGAUCUCGCGGCGAAGCGGGACGUCGCGAUGUAUCCGGAAAAGGAGCACGUAGAGGCUUUGAUCGAGGCGAGACGGAUGGAAAAGCUCGAACGCGACGCGCUCGAGAUCGCGGGGGUUGGAGACGACGCAAAAAAACGGAAGCGCGAAGUACAAACGAAGGGCUCGGCGAUGACAGAAAUCAUGGGUCGCCCGUACCUGUGCACGGGAUACGACGUGUUUUUAGCGCGAGAGCCGUGCAUCAUGUGCGCGAUGGGGCUCGUGCAUUCGAGACUGAAACGCGUGGUAUUUGCCGUGUGCGAUAAUAUCAAUGGCGCGCUCAGCGGACCGAGUGGCAUUCGCCGUCUACACGGCGUACGGAGCUUGAAUCAUCAUUAUAGCGUGUUUUCGUUCGAUGCGGAAGAGAUUUAG